AUGGAUUUGACGCUGCCGCAGUAUGAAACACAGACGAGGUUCAAAGCAGAUGCUUCAAAGGCAUUAGUUGAGAUACAAAAGCUUCUACAGGAUGAUGAUGGCUACGACACGUAUACAAUUCUGAGCUCGGUUGGUUGCUUCUGCACGACUUCACCUUGGUGUGAUGAGGCCAGUGUGAGGGUGUGCCUUGAAAUCAUCAACCGCUUGAAGAUAACACCAAAUGACUGGACCUUAUUGAGAGACUCGAUAACUCAAGAUUUCAAGCUAUUGCAGACAACAAGGGUUUCUAAAGCAGGAUAUAAGAAGAUAAAUCAAUUCAAGGGGCUCAAACCAAAGUUGGGGUUCAUCACAGAUGGACGAGAUCAGUGGAAGGAGACUCGUAUUGGCUCAAUAUCGCAUUUCGUACUCUGGCUCUCACAUAAUGAUGCGCAAGGAAUAAGAGAUAAUUGGUGGUUAAUUGCGCCAACAAUAUUGAACAUUUUGGAUGACCACGAAGGUCUUAUCAAGCUAAAGGGUGUUGAGCUCCUAUCUGUUCUGCUUGACACCAUUGAACCGAGCUAUUUAGAAACCACAGGGGUGCUAUCCAUAUUCUACGAUGCGGUCAGACCUCUGUUGUCGUAUCUACCACCAUCCACUCCAACUGAUUUGUCAGUGGAAAUACUCAAAAAGUCAUAUCCAACGAUGUUCAAACUAUUCGAAAACACUAAAGAGAGAAACAAAUAUCUGAUUGAACUUCUCAACAGCGGACUGUUAAGCUCGUUCAAUACUGUCCGUGAUAACUUCCAGACACUUAGAGUGAUUAUGUGCCAUAUUACAACGGUAAUAUCAAAAUUGGGAGAUUCAACGUUAAAGGUGUUACCAAGAUUGAUUUAUAUGAUCGGCACUGUUGUGUCGGAUCCAUUUAUUGACAUGGAUGAGGAGCUCUUCUGCAACACUGUGAAUUGUGUUAUAGCGAUUGAGCAGAACUGUUGGAUGAGACUUCCAAAUCAUCGCUAUGAUAUCUUUGCCAUAUGUUUGAUGGCUUGGAGAAGGGCAAAAACUUCCCAUACGAAGAAGAAGGUCAUCAUCGCAACAAAACUGCUGCUAUCUAUAACGACAAUAACACAAGAAGAAUGGCAGCAAGUAAUCAAAGAGAACGAAUACGUUAAGGGCUUGUUUGAUACCGUAAAGGUCGGAUAA